CUUUCAUCUGGCUAUUUAUACAGCUCAGCACCUCACUUCCAUUGCCCACUCACACAAACUCGAUCUCUUCCAUUAACCAAUCAAAGCAAACAAAACAAUCUCAGCAGAGAAUCAAAUCAAGCAUAGCAUAGGAGCCAAGGAAAUGGGCAGCGAAGGCGGCAGCAGCGGCGGCGACACGAGCCCCAACGCCGGCUGCGCGGUCUGCGGCGUCGCGGCGGCGGUGCUGUACUGCGCGGCGGACGCGGCGGCCCUCUGCACGCCCUGCGACGCGGCCAUCCACGCCGCCAAUCCUCUCGCCUCCCGCCACCACCGCGUGCCGCUCAGCUCGGCCGCCGCCAUGGCGGCCUCCGGCGUGUACGACUACGACAGCCUCUUCGCGGGCGACGACGAAGCCGGCUCGACGCUGACGCCGCCGGGGCAGGGAAGCCCCAACAGCGGCUCGUCCAGCUUCAGCAGCAACGGCGGCUCCGAGAGGAGCCUCUUUGAGCUUCUCUCCGAUGUCGACCUCAUGGCGACCGAUGCCGCUGCGGCGCCGCUGUGGAUGAUGAUGCAGCCCGGCAUGGACGCGGCGUGGUCUCUGUCGGAGGGCGUCGUCGUCCCGUCCGGCGCCGGUGCCGGAUUCCCGAGCCUUGUCGGCGGCGGCGCCAUGGUCGCGGCUGACAGGGAGGAGAAGGUGAGGAGGUACAGGGAGAAGCGCGAGAAGCGCAAGUUCCACAAGACCAUCCGCUACGCCUCGCGCAAGGCAUACGCCGAGGCGCGCCCAAGGAUCAAGGGCCGCUUCGUCAAGCGCGCCGCCGCCGAGGAGUCAGACCACGACAGCACGAACGGCGGCGCCGAGGGGAGCAAGUUCUGGCUCUCCUUCUCCGACGCCGACAGCCGUGACGGCAGCGUUGGCUUCCAAGCGCCGCCGGCCUACGGGGUCGUGCCAAGCAGCUUCUAGAAACUUCUGGAAACAAGAAAUUAAGCCGUCGAGACCUUUACGGGCAAUUUGCGUACUCCAUGCUGCGGUCCUUCCUAGCAAGUGCGUUGCAGUCGAUAUUCAUGGUGGAAAUCCGCCAUCGCUAUUUUUAACUGAUGAUGCGGGUUUCUCAUGCGUGUAAUUUUAUUUCUCUGGCUCAUUAAGUUAGGCGAUUAAUGCACUUCAGCUUGAUGCUUAAUUUCUUGUUAAUUUAUAUGAAUGAAUGCUGUGCAAUUCUUAUGAAUUUACCACAUUGAUGUU